CUAGAAACCGCUGUCUGUGUCGUGCCUUCCGCCCCUCACCUGCCGUCUCUCCCUCCCGCUCCUUCCCUCUCCCUCUCCCUCUCACUCUCUGCCUUUUUUCUCUCUUCUUCUCCGCCCUCAAACCAAAACAACAGGCCGUUUUGUCAUGCUACCCAAGCCCCCCUCCCAAAAAAUGCCGCCCCAAACGCCAACGCCAAUGCCCACGCCUAUCCAUCACUGUGCGUGUGCAGCCUUGCUAGCAAUCCCAGCUGCAUCCUUAGUCUACCCUUUUAG